UCGGUGUGUGCAGGUUAGAGUUCUGUUGGAAAUCGUCUAGGAAGUGCACCUUGGAGAUGAAUUAAAGUCACAAAAUACAGCAAGUGGAUUCAAAAGAGCCAGUUUUACGAGCAGAUUUUGGUGGGAAACUUCUCCGCGGAUUUACAUUUGACUUCGUGACAGUCAUCAGCACUUUCGAACAACAGACGGGAAAUCUCCUUUAAUUUUCUGGACUACAUCUGUGGGGGGAAAAAAAAUCAAGCAAUUAAAUGUCUCUCUGAGCGCAAACAAGCUUUUUUUUGCAAGCUACGAUAACGAGGAGCGACAGCGUGGGCGAUCCGACACACCAGAAGUUUGCGCCAUGAACCAAACCGCAGGAGCCACAAAUGCGUAUCGGAGAUGUUCCAAAGGAGGAAAGGAGCUGGUGGGCAGUAACCCUCCGCAGAGGAACUGGAAGGGAAUAGCGAUCGCCCUUCUUGUCAUUCUGGUCAUCUGCUCGCUGAUCGUCACCUCCGUCAUCCUGUUGACACCAGGGGAGGAUGAUCGUCUGGCUCUCAAGGGCAAGGUGACCGUUGGAGACCUCUUCAGAAAAGACUUCAAAGUUCAUGACCCCAACGCCAAAUGGAUAAGCAGUAAUGAGCUAUUGUACCGUAACCGUGACGGCGAUGUCGUCAAGCUCAACGUUGAUACCAAUGAAAAGACCACCUUGGUUCAUAACAAGAAGUUUGAAAUGUACAAAGCCAGCAAGUAUGAGGUUUCUCCUGACAUGAAGCAUGUGCUGCUGGCCUACAACGUUGCACCGGUGUACCAGCAUUCCUACACAGCCUUCUACAUCAUCUGCAGUUUGGAGACACCGGAGACGUGGAACUUGAACCCUCCAGAGGUGCGAAAUGCUCAGCUGCAGUACGCAGGCUGGGGACCCCAGGGUCAGCAACUGAUCUUCAUUUUUGAGAACAACAUCUACUACCGCUCUACAGUGGAGAGCCGGUCCAUUCGUCUGGUGUCCACUGGCAAGGAGGGUGUUAUCUUCAAUGGGCUCAGUGACUGGCUCUACGAAGAGGAGAUUUUCCAGUCCCAUAUUGCCCAUUGGUGGUCUCCAGAUGGUGCAAGGUUAGCCUAUGCCACGAUCAAUGACACCCUGGUGCCCAGGAUGGAACUGCCCAUGUUCACAGGCACACCUUACCCAAUGGGGAAGGAGUACCACUAUCCUAAGGCUGGUGAGGAGAACCCAGUUAUCACUCUGUAUGUUGUGAACCUUAAUGGCCCUCUUCACACCAUUGAGAUGAGAAGACCUGACGAUCCCAGGAUAGGUGAAUACUAUGUUACCAUGGUGAAAUGGGCCACCACCACCAAACUGGCCAUCAACUGGCUGAACAGAGCCCAGAACAUCUCUAUACUCACACUGUGUGAGGCCACAACGGGAGUCUGCACUAAGAAACAUGAGGAUGAAAGUGAAGGGUGGUUGCACAGGCAGAAUGAGAGGCCUCUGUUUUCCAAAGACGGGCUCAAGCUGUUCUUCACUCGGGCCAUUCCUCAAGGAGGCAGGGGCAAGUUCUUCCACAUCUCCAUGUCCAUCUCCCAGCCCAACACCAGUACAGACACGCUGCAGUCCAUCACCUCUGGAGACUGGGAUGUCACCCAAGUCCUGGCUUACAAUGAGGAGAGCCAACUGAUAUACUUCUUGAGCACUGAGGAUGGUCCAAAACGAAGGCAUCUGUACAGUGCGGACACAUUUGGUUCGUUCAACCGCCGCUGCCUGUCCUGUGCCUUGACCGACAGCUGUGGCUACAUUAGCGGCUCCUUCAGCCACAACAUGAGCUAUUUCCUGCUCAAAUGUGAAGGCCCAAACAUCCCGUUUGUAGCCAUUUACAAGACACAGAGAGACGUCGAGAGUGAGACACAAGACAGAGAAAGUAUUGCAGAAGUAUAUAAACUGGAGGACAAUGAGAACCUGAAGCAGACCCUGGACUCCAUGCAGAUGCCCAAAGUGGAGUACAAGGAGAUCAACAUGGAUGAUUACACCUUGUCUAUGCAGAUCCUCAAACCUGCAGGCUUCAUGGACACUUCACACUACCCGCUGCUCCUGCUUAUCGAUGGGACACCUGGUGGUCAGAUGGUGUCAGAGCAGUUUCACAUGGACUGGGCCACGGUGCUGGUGAGCAGCUUUGGUGCCAUCGUGGUGCGCUGUGAUGGACGAGGCAGCGGUUUCCAGGGCACCAACCUGCUGUACCGGAUCCAGAAGAAACUGGGCGUGUUCGAGGAACAGGAUCAGAAGGAUGCACUCAAUUUUCUUUUGAAAGAGCCCUAUGUUGACAAAACCAGAGUUGGAGCUUUUGGAAAGGUUUAUGGUGGCUACGUGACCAGUUUGUUGGUCAGUGGUGAGGAGUCUCCUGUGAAAUGUGGAGCUGUCCUGUCACCCAUCACCGACUUUGAAUUGUAUGCCUCUGCAUUUUCAGAGAGAUAUCUUGGACUGCCAAAACCUGAUCCAAGGGCAUACACAAUGGCCAAUUUAGCACACAGAGCAUCUCAGUUUAUGGACAAGAAGUUUCUUAUUAUCCAUCCAACAGCUGAUGAAAAAGUUCAUUUCCAACAUACAGCAAAAUUCAUUGCGCAGCUCAUCAAUGAAAAAGCCAACUACACCUUACAGAUCUACCCAGAUGAAGGCCACUUCAUUCACAGUGAAGCAACAAGGCAGCACCUCAGUCAGUCCCUGGUGAACUUCUUUGAGGAAUGCUUCAGGCUACCAGAAAGAGUGUUUGAAGAGGCUCUGGAAGAAGAGAGUGAAGACGAGGGUUAGCUUGGCCUUGUAGGGCUCCCCCAGCGGCCCAAAUCCUCCCCACCCAUAUAGUCACCUAUCACAACACUGGCGUCCACAAUAUGCAACUCUCAUCUGCUCUUUCCAUUCGUUUUGGUUUGCAUUUGGACUCCCCGUGUCCGCAUGCUGAACCUGAGACUGCCCUUCCAGCAGACAAUGAAUCUACUCCUACACCCAUUCUCCCUUUCUCUUCUGCCCCGAGUUUGAAUUCAAAAGGCCCUCCAGAGAGCCAACAAAGACUGAUGACCUGACAUGAUGUUUUGGAAUAUACAGAUUGAUCUAACAGGAAGCAGUCUCCUCCACAGCUGGAUGGACAAGCGCCUCAAAAAGCAGUGGAGAGAAAGCAUCAGCUCUUGCAUAGACUUUCAAGCUGUGAGGAGAGGGAACACCUUAUAGCACAUGACUCGUGGGCUUGUAUAUUAAUGAAAAUCAGACGCCUGGUGAAAAACACUGGCUGGCAGUGUUUCUAAGAGGUGUCUGGAAUUGUGUGGAUACGGGAAACAUUACUAUUUUUAAAGUUGUGAAGAACUUUCAAUGUUGGACUGUGAUUGUGUCCGUUGUUCUUACAGUAUGUAAAAUAGCACACAAACAUUCAGCUAUUACAAAUAUAUUUUCUUUUGGUGUACGUUUGCCCUGAUGUUGGUUUCAUUACAUAGCCACAUUUGAUCUAUUUCAGUGAUGCUGACAGAAUUCUAUAACUGGAAAAAAAAAACAAAAAAAACAAACGCUGUGGGUUUAUUAAUGUUCAUAGACAGUUUUAUUGUGAAGCUCUGGUUUUAACAAAUGUUCUUCAAAAACAGAAGCAUUAACUUGUUUUAGUCACUGUGCCUUACUUUGUCAGAAAACAUCCUGCUGUGGGACUGCAUUUAUGAACUGCAAGUCUAAUUUUUUAGGGAUAGUUGGAUAUUUUGGGAAAUACACCUAUUUGCAAAUGACACCACUGUCAUAUCUGUCUGAUAAAAGUCAAGUUACAAGAAAUUUGACAAGAAAAUGAAUAAGUAUAUUUCCCACCAAGUCAAAAGAGCUAGCUUCAAUAGCUAACAUUUGAUUUAGAAACUAUAAAGGGAUUUUGAAGUUUCACAGGAAAAAAAUUCUCUGGGAGUAGGCUCAAUGACAUCUUUACACCAAGCUAAAAUGUACAGAAAAUGCAUGCAUCAUUGCUUAUAAAAUCCUGAAGAAUGGUAGUUGAAGAAAAAUUAUAAACAGUACAGAAACCACAGUUUGUAAUUGAAAGUGCUUAAAUCAGUGAAUAGGUUGUACAAGGCUAAGGUGCAGAAAACAAUUAGGAGUAGUGUUACACCCAGAGAAAUUAUGCAUUUGUAUAUAAGGGAAAACAUGGUGUUAGCUUCAGAGUCCAAGUCAUGCAAAUAAGAAAUACAAAAUGAAUUCUUGAGGCACAAGUUUAGUUUUCCAUUUUUUUCCCCA